AUGCCCCCCGGACUCCACAUCUUCUGCCCCCGCCUCAGCGAUGACGAUAGCGACAGAUAUGAGGACGAAAGAGAUCCCAGUCCCAACGACCCAGUUCGCCUUGCCAGAAUCGAAGAAGCAAAGAAGCGGCGAAAAAAAUUUGUGUCGUCACUCCAACUCCUCGCCUAUGAUGGGAAGGAAAGCGAGCAAUACCAGCGUUUCAUCUGGGAAACCCUUGACGAAGCCCUGGGAAAAUGUGACAUUUGCAUACGCGAAUACUACAUCGCCAAAAUCGACCUUCUGACUGCCUUGCGAGAGGACUACGAGGACGAUGACAUUGCUAAUUUCUUUGCCCUGAUCAACCGGAGGGACGUCCAGCGGAUAGUCCAGGGACUGGACGCCGCUGACAAAACCCUGCAAGGUGUGGCAGAACAGAAGAGAGGGACUGCGGUACUGGAUCCAAGACACUUGCACGCUUUGUUCGAGGCGCUCGUAUGCCAAGCGUUCCUAGACGACGAAGAGAAACUCAAGAGACAUUUUGAUGCCCCCUUCAAGAUGAUCCAGACCAAGAAGCCGCUUAAGAUGCGAGAGGUCUUACCGGCCGCUACACGAUUUCUCUUUGAUUCUAAUACGGCCCGAGUGGUAUGGGCAAGUCUGAUCUGGAAACGACUUGAUCGAUGUCCCACGGACCUUGAAUGGGAUUGGGCAGUAAAAGACCACCUCCAGAAGAAGUUACAGACAGCCUCCGAUCCAAACGAAGUUGCGAAACUUUGGAGUGCUUUGGACGUGAUUGUCGGAACACUCGACGAACGGAUGAUCACCUACAAGCUAUUCGACCUGCACCCAAACAUAUGCACAACAGCGUUGAACCACUUGGCCAAGCGAACCACAGCCGUCCCCUCCAUUCUUUCAACUCUUAAACAAAUCUUGGACAAAGCCCCUGACGCAUUCUGGCAGGCUAUGGGCUCCAUCUCUUCGCAGACAAUUGUCGAGCAGAUCUUCGCAAGCCCCCUAUUCAAUCAGGACCUUCAAGAUUCUUCGGCAGCUACUGACCGAUCCGCUCCGAAUGUUCUGUCUUGGAUCAACUCAUUGUUGGAAUCUCUCAAGCCUGCCAAUCGGCCGCCUGCUUCACACACCCUCCUCAACCAGCUGUUCGAAAGAAUUGACAACCCCGCCAUCAGCCUUUUAGCGAGAGGAGCAUGCUUAGAACAGGCUGUAAAAGUGUUAUUGAAGACGGUAAUCAGUUUCUCCGGCGAGGAGGAGGAUGGCCAGCAUCCCGUUGAGCGGCUGGUCUAUCUUGACACACUCAAUCUGGUUGGGCAUCGUCUAGAUGUGAUACUGAGGCCAAGGGACCCAGCUCUUGCUCAAUCACUGCAGAAGGAGACUCGAAAUAACAUUGUUAACCUCGUUAAAAAUUCAUUCGCCUUGGAAUGUAAGUGCCUUAAGCUUGAUUUCGAGAACCUCACUCGCAAUGAGCCCCGAAGGCAGGAUUCGAGCGCCUACACUCCAGAGAUAUGGACCUCAGUCAUCGACAACCUACGGGACGACGAUCACGCAUUGUCCACCGCAGCACUGCUCGGAAUCAUGUCUCUCCCUGGUCUGGAACAGUUCCGAAUCAGAGAGGGUGACAGUGUGGCGAAAGAAAAGAAGUCGUACAACUCUAUCUUUGAAAAAGUAAACGAGAUGGUCAGCAAGCUUCUGGAGCGCAUAUCCGAAUUUCAGCCACCUCAUCUCGACACCCUUUUCAGACAACAAGAUUCAAGUAUGUCUCUGGUAGCUGCCUUGUUCUCUCCGCAUCAAGGGAUAUACGAAGCAGCUGUAGCCAUGGUCAAGAAUAUCAGCGGAGAGUCGGGUCGGAAAGAAGCACUCGCCCAUUUGAUCCACGCUUUUCUCGGGACAACCAUCUAUGGGGUGUGCUGGCUGUUUAGGCGAGUAGCAAAUUAUAAGACGUUUGCUUCGGUCCCUAGGAUGCUCAAGACGGGUAUGGAAAUCCUUGAUGUGCUUUGCAACCCUACGGAUGGCCAACUACGACGCACACAGCUCUCGAGUCGAGAUCUCAAAGCCAUUCAAAGCUAUUGGUCAUACCAGUGGAUCGCUCUCAAGACCAUCUAUGGUCACACGGAACGUUGGUCAAUGGAGGUCCACAACAAGGACACCAUGAAAGAAGUCUGCCGUGAUGCCAUGCAAUAUGCUGAAGAGCUCUUCAAUCAGUACGACCUGUUCGCUAGCGUCUUGACAAAAGCAAAGCCCGAUAGAGCUGACGAGAUGCGAAAGAUCCUCUUGGACUCAGCUACCACCAGCGAGAAGAACAUAGGAUCACCCUUGAGUGCUCUGGAUACCAUGUGCAAGUGGCUGAGACUUAGAGACGAGUAUCUGGUUGAUACUCUAGUCUCAUUGAUUUGCAACAUGCUGUACCAGCUCAAGCGGCUCCGGGCUGUCGUGACCAACAGUGAAGGUCUUGCAUACGUGGAGGACGUUGCGACAGGAACAACCGUCAGAACAAUGCUCUCAGCCUCACAAAAAGCUAGACUGGUCCGAGCACUGGAAGACUAUUUCGACCGUCAAAUCGGAAGACCGGCCGUCAAGAAGCAAGCCACACUCAGCCUGGGAAAAUGGACGGACGCAGCCGCUGUCGCAAGAAUUUCUACCCCUGAGUCUAGAGAUCGUAGCGCUGACGAAUUUGGAGAUGAUGAUAUCGCUGACGAUGACUUGAUUGAGAUCGCUAGCAAAACGCUCGAUACUCAUAAAGCAACAGUCACAGCCAACGACAAGAAGAAGAUCAAGUCCCUACUCUUACAACAGCCGCCUUCGAAAUCAAAAGGCGCUCCAGUAUCUACCAUCGACAUCCAAGUAAAGAGGGCACAAGAGGCGAAGGUCUUCAUUGAAAAUCGGAAGCGCGAAGAAGCAGCCCGAAAACUCCGAGACAAGGAAGCUGCUCUCAAAUUGAAAGGCAAAACAGGAAUCGGUGCGCAGACGAGCGGACAAGGUUCUGGACUUGCUGGCCUCGGCGUUGUAGGCAAAGAUCAUUCGGCAGGUCCAAACAGUCUCAUGGUGUCCAGCGAGUCGGAAUUCGAUUCCGACUCGGAUGAUGAACUGUUUGGCAUUCAGUCAAAGGGCCCCACGGUUCGUGACCAACUCGGAAAGAGGAAACCCAUACCCGCAGGUCCUGUACGGAAAAUUAAGCAACAACGAACCCAGAAAGAUAUUCGUGCUCGACUUGCUCCCGAUCUCGGCGAAUUGCACCGCACAAUCCUGGGCUGGGAUUUCUUUGCGGAAACGGACACCCCUCCCAAUUCAAUGCAGGACGACUACACACUUGUUACUGAUACAUUUCGGACUGCAGAGGAAUACCAGAAGACCUUCGAGCCGCUGUUGAUCCUAGAAGGCUGGCAGAGCUUCCGUGCGGCACGGGAGGAAGGCAAUUUCAAAGCGUUCGAGGUCAAAGUCUCCAAUUCUCUGAUUGUGGACAGCUUCUUUGAAAUCAAUUCAUUGAUGUCUUUCACAGAAGGAAAGGAUCUCGGCAUUGGAGUCUCGGAUGUUGUGUUGUUGUCAAAAUCGAACAGACCGGACCAAGACCCCAGAGAACCACACUGCCUUGCCAGAGUCAAAGAAAUCUCGAGGAAGAAAGGAGAAGUCCAAGUUGUCUAUCGGGUUAAUGCUGCCAACAACUCUUUGAGAUCAUUCCUGAACGAUAAAGCUGUUGUCUACGGUGUCCAGAUCCUGUCGCUGACCCCGUUGGAGAGAGAGUAUGGUGCCCUGAUGGCAUUGCAGUACUAUGACUUGUGCGACGAGAUCAUCAAAGCGCAACCGUCACCCAUACUCGACUAUGCGGAAGAGGUGCUCCAGCCAAUCAAGGCCACUUACAAUGUGAACCUUGCACAAGCUAAAGCUGUAAGAUCCGCCCUCGACAACGACGCAUUCACUUUGAUCCAGGGUCCUCCUGGUUCCGGCAAGACCAAAACGAUCUGCGCGCUCGUCGGUGCCAUGUUGACGGGCUUCGUCAAGAAACAGAACAACAUUGGUGCAAGGCCAAGUACGGCUCUUGGCGCAUCACGACCACCUGCCUCGAGCAAAAAAAUCUUGGUUUGCGCUCCUAGCAAUGCCGCAGUUGACGAACUGGUCAUGAGGUUCAAAACGGGAGUUACAAUGUUGGACGGCACUUUUGAACACAUAUCAGUCGUCCGCUUGGGUCGCAGUGAAGUCAUCAACACCAAUGUCAAAGACGUUACGCUCGAGGAACUGGCCAACGCUAAACUCAGCGUUGCCGUACCAAGGAGUUCUGGAGAAGACAUCCAUGGGCUCAUGAUGCAGCAUAAAGAGGUCUCGGAAGAACUGAGGAAUCUCCGAGACUCAAUUCAAGAUCGACGCGGGAAAGGCCAAACAGUGCCAACAGAGGAUGAACAACUUAUGGAUGCGCUUCGACGGAAGCAAAAUGGACUAGGCAGCAGGAUCGACGAAUUGAGAGAAAAGCAAAAUACUGCAUCUCGGGACGUGGAACUCAGUCGGAAGCGAAUCCAGCAGGAAAUUCUUGACUCAGCCCACAUUCUUUGCGCGACUUUGAGUGGUAGCGGACACGAACUAUUCCAGAGUCUCAACAUCGAAUUCGAGACGGUCAUUAUCGAUGAGGCUGCGCAGUCAAUUGAGCUGUCUGCGUUGAUUCCUCUCAAAUAUGGGUGUUCCAAGUGCAUCCUCGUUGGUGACCCGAAACAAUUACCACCUACAGUCCUGUCGCGGAAGGCAGCCAAAUUCCAGUACGAGCAGAGUUUGUUUGCCCGUAUGGAGAACAACCACAAGAAAGACGUACAUCUUCUAGAUACGCAGUAUCGUAUGCAUCCGGAGAUCAGUCUUUUCCCAAGCAGGAUGUUUUACGACUCUUUGCUAAAGGAUGGCCAAGGCAUGGAUAAGCUUCGUCGAAGACCGUGGCACCACAGUGAGAUUUUCGCUCCUUAUCGCUUCUUUGACGUUCAAGGAAUGAGUCAAGCAUCAACCAAAGGGCACUCGUUGGUCAACGUUGCCGAGAUCAAUGUCGCACUACAACUUUACAGGAGAUUGACAACAGACGUCCGCAAAUAUGACUUUUCCGGAAAGAUAGGCAUCAUUACUCCAUACAAAGGCCAGCUGAAUGAACUAAAACGUCGCUUCAGGGACCAAUAUGGUGAAGCGAUCUAUUCAAAGAUUGAUUUCAACACUACAGAUGCUUUCCAAGGUCGAGAGAGCGAGAUCAUUAUUUUCUCUUGUGUCAGAGCUUCGACCCAGGGUAUCGGUUUCUUGAAUGACAUCAGGCGUAUGAACGUUGGUCUGACCCGUGCCAAAUGUUCUCUAUGGGUUUUGGGUAACUCGCAAGCACUCAUGCAAGGCGAGUACUGGCGUGCUCUGGUCAACGAUGCCAAGGCCAGGAAUUUGUACACUGAGGGUAACAUUGCAGUCUUGCUAGGCCGGCAGCUCUUGACGGACGACAUGAUGAAGGACGACAUGAUGAAGGACGACAUUGAAAUGCUCGACUACACUGAGUCCAUGUCCGAAACCGUAAGGUCUUCCACUAUUGCCGAAAGAUCGUUUAGCGAGAAGCUAGAGUCGAAGGAACCAUCACCCGCACCACGAAGGGAACAGAAAGAAGCUUCUCGACCGAGUGGUCCCUCAAAUCAAGCUCCUUCGACGACUUCCCGACCUGGCAAUGCUCUUUCAAGACAAUCUUCGGCGACUUCAAUCGCCCGACCAGAGCCCAAGCGGCAGGACUCAGGACAAUCUGUUGGAAAGCGAGAUCUCACCAGAGCCGAUGCCAGAACGGACACCAGGGCCAAUACCAGGGCUGAACAACGUCUUGCUCUGAACGAGCCACAACCUGCUGGACCUAGGGUACAAACUACGUUUUCUAAGGCUGAACCUGGCGAAUUCAAUCCUUCAGGGGGCAGCAACGGUCUCAAUGAGAAUCGCAACUGCACAAUUUGUGGGUCGUAUGAGCAUCUCACUACAAACUGUGACAAUGAAGAAGCUCUAGCUGGAUCAAUCGGCACUUGCCACAGAUGUCAGUUCCCUGGUCAUACCGCUGUCUACUGCAAUGAACCUCGAUGCCUCUCUUGUGGUGAAGUAGGCCAUACAACAGAUCAAUGCACGGCACCCUUAGAUAAGAGACUGGAUAAAACGCAACAAGAGAAGGUCCGGCGAGAAGAGAUUCGGUUGGGUGAAAAAAGAGACAGAAUACGCCAGAAUCGAGCAGAGAAACAACUUGGUGAGCACGGAGCCGCCAUUCCCAUCGUGAAGAGUUCAGUCCCGACCUCGAACACGACUGCAUUGGGUAAGGAGGCUAAGAGGAAACGAGACGAGUCCUCUGGCAGUGAUUCUACGAGAGGCAAGGUCCCAAGAGCCAAUCCAGUAAAUAAGUUCCCCGGAACUGGUAUGACUGACGCACGGACCGGACUUGUAAAUUUACCUCCCAGAACGGCUGACCGUCCCCCUCCAAUAGGACCAACGGGUCUGCCGCCGAGACCCGCUGGCCCACGCCCUGCAGCUAUGAUAAACAAUGGACAACCAAUGGUGAGAAAAAAGAAGACCAACGCCGAUGACAUGUUUAUGAAACGACGAUAG